AUGGCGGUGCUGAGCAGCCUGAGGGCGUCCGCGGCCGCGGGCCGGCAGGAGCUGGAGGAUACGAUCGGGGCGGCGCUCGCGCAGCCGCUGGCGGCGACCAUGGGCUCAGGGCCAGACGCCACCGGCGCCGCGGCGGCUCCGGGAGAGGCGCAGCAGUGCCCGGCGCAGAGCGCCUGCGAGGUGGCGGCGAGGGCUGCGGCGGCUGCGAUCGACGCGGCCGCAGCCGCAGAGGCAGCGGCGGUCAGCGGCAGGGGCCCUCUCGGGGAUGGGAGCCCUUUUGCCGCCGCUCUGGUGGGAUCGAUAGCCGACGUUGUUGCCCAUGGCCUGCGCCGCUCGCCAGGACAGCGUGACGGCUGGUUCGGCGCGCCGCUGAGGCACCGGCCGUACGUGGUGCUCUUGGCCCUGGAGACCCGCGGCCGCCGCCAGUCCCGCCUGCCCCUGGGCGCCAAGGCCGUCGCCCGCACCAAGGCCGCGCGCGCCGCCGGCGAUGCCGCGCGGCUGCAGCUGUGGGUGCGCUCAAGCCUCAACGACGGGCUGCUGGGGUCGCGCCUGGAGACACUCGCGGGCAGCAGCGCGGCGCUGGGGGCCUGGUACGGGCGGGAUGCUCUUCUGCUGCAGGCGCCGUGGCUCCAGGCGCCGCCGAGCGCGGGGGUGCCGUCGAUGCGGCGGCGGCGGCGAGCGCCGAAGCAGCGUGCGCAGCGAGCGGAGGAGGAGGCCAGACGGGGGCAGCAUGGUGCCUCGGGCAGCAAACAGGUGCAGCAAAACGAGCACCAGCAGCAGCCGCCGCCACCGCCGCUGCAGCGGCAGCAGCAGCAGCCUGACAUGAUGGCGCCGGCUGCGCAGCACCUGCUCGCCCUUGUGGCUGCCGCCCGCCAGCUGGACGUCCACCCAUUCGCCCUGAGCCUGCACCCGGACGCUUGCCGGCCGCCCCUGCGGCCCGAGGGCUGUGGCGACGGAGACAUGUCUGACGGCUCUAGCGCUAUGCUCUCCCCCCUGUCAACGUCUGAUGACGACCUGGAUGCGCAGAUCGCGCAACUGAUGCAAUGCCGCCCCCUGAGCGAGGACCAGGUCAGAUCGCUCUGCGCCAAGGCCAAGGAGAUCCUGAUGCAGGAGGCCAACGUGCAGCCGGUGCGCUGCCCCGUGACGGUGUGCGGCGACAUCCACGGUCAGUUCUCAGACCUGCUGGAGCUCUUCAAGAUCGGCGGCAACAGCCCCGACACAAACUACCUCUUCAUGGGGGACUACGUGGACAGAGGAUACCACUCUGUUGAGACGGCGUCGCUGCUGGUGGCCCUCAAGGUCCGCUACAGGGACCGCAUCACCAUCCUGCGGGGCAACCACGAGAGCCGCCAGAUCACACAAGU